UUCCGACGACGAUCCCAGCAGAAAUUUGUAACCUUUAUCAGGACCCCGUUGAGAAUCGACUAGCACCUGUGACCUGUCCCAGAUACCAAUUGAGAAUCUAGUUAAACCAAGACACGACCUUCCCACCGAAUGUCUCGGUUAGACACAACGAAAGAAGUGCUCCUAUUACGCAACGACUUCCUGGUAUAUAGCGCCGGACAGGCCAGCUGCUUCGUCACUUCAUCACCGGAAGACAGUCAUCCAUCAUGAAGGUUGCUCUUCUUCUUCUUGCCACCCUAGCUGCUGUCAGCGCUCAAAGCGAGCCAUGGUGUCGCUGCGCCGCCUUCGUGACCUACGAAUACACGGAAAUGAUGGUAUACGAAGCCCCAGAAGUGACCAUUGACUCGUGCCAAGAUGACGUUAAGCAGUGCAAGAACCGCUGUUCCAAAGAGUUAGCUGAGCUUACCAAUGAUGGAGACCUUUGGUCCUUGACUGCAGAAGGUAUCACAGUUGGGCAACACAUCUGUUCAAAUCUCCUGAGGCAUUUGAUCUACUUCCUCCACAACCACAAGAUCUAUGGGUACUACGAAGUCUGCGGAGGUGCCUGGCAGUACGCCGGUGUCAUGUCUCAACAGAUGCUGUGUUGUAACGGAGGCAAACACGAGCACUGCAUCUCAUAAGACGAGAAUUCAAGCCUCUUAUUCCACACCGCUGAUGGAUGACACGCCACGGAAGAGCCUCUCAGCCAUUGCAGCUACGGUGCAUAGUUUUUGGAAAUCUUUGAGCGCGAAUUUUCCAGAUUUUAUGUAUAGUGGUGUAGGCUGCGGAAAAGAACUUGGUUAACCUUGCGUUGGUGUGGAAUAGUCAUUCUCAAUGUUACUAUUAAAGUGAGCAAAGAAUU